UCUCAUGACAUUUACUGCCGUGACCAACGGUCAGACGCAGACGAUGUGCCAACAAGCCUGGCAGAGGUCAGCGACGGCCUGCGCCCAAAACGCCAGUCUGAGCUUCAACAACCUGAGAUAUUUUACCACAAACGGCACAGAAGGAUCGGCGCCAACUGAAGGAAUUGCCGCGUUCAAGGCUAGAGCUUGUGUUCUCCGGCCACAGGUGGACACAUGUGGCCAGGCACUGACCCAAAGACUUUACAACUCGACUAUCUGUGUGACCCAGGUCGACAGGCAGACGAUAGUUUCCCAGAGCCAUGCGCUGUUUGGCGCCUUUUACGACUCCUGCUCACAUUCAUGUCGGUAUCAGCUGGAGAAAGAGAUUCGCCAGUGUUUCAACUACGUCAAUUUGAGCCCUAGCCAACUGUCGGACAUAGCCCUGGCUCGGACAGCGGCCAUCGGUGACACUGGCGACCAGGUCCAUCAGUUUUGUUUGAACCGCGACGCAUUGGCCCAGUGUAUCAGACAGAAGGCCUUGGCGUGUCCGGAUUCAGCCAGAGUGCUUGCAGAGUUGGGGAUUGAACUGGGGUCCUUUGAGAGCGGCACUGAAGUUUUAUGUAGAAACCAGGGAGUAUACCUCUCAGGACUUCAGUGUUUCCGGAAUCCCGUCCCGGAAGUCCGGAUGUGUUUCCAGAGCCUGGAUAGCAACAUGCAAGGAUUGCUGAUGGUGGCGCCACAGCCGACAGCAGACCACCUUUCACUUCUUCAGUUCUGCAACAUCCGGUUAGAGCAUGUGGACUGCGAGAUGAGGGCCUGGGCUCGACAUCAAUACCAGACGUGUGCCCGUGGGGUCACGGGUAUGCGGACAGAGUUGGAGUGUGAGCUCAUUCCUAAACAGUGCAUGAAU